AUGUCUAAAGUCUCAGUUGCUAUUUUCGGCCUCAAUGGUACCUUGGGUAAGCCUACAUUGGAAGCUAUCAAGAGCCCAGUGUUCGCUGACAAGUUCCAAUUCCCAGUUUUGGCUGUCACUCGUGAUGCUUCCAAGUACUCUUCCGAUGAGUAUGUCAAGUACAUCACCGGUGACUACAUUUCUGGUCAAGACGCCUUGGCCAAGGAAUUGAAGGGAGUGGAUGCCAUUGUGGAGUUGGUCCACCCAGGGCCCGAGUUGUUCGCCGGUAUUGAGGGUAUUGUCAAGCAAGUUAAGCCUAAGAUCUUUAUUCCUACACAGUUUGGUGUUGAAUUGGAGAAGGCCGGCGAGGUAUUGCCUGGAUUUAUGGGUCUCAAGAGCGAACACUCCGACAAUGUGAGAAAGUUCGGUGUCAAGCUGGUAGACAUUUACACUGCUUUCUUUGCCCAGGACUACUGGUUGUAUGAAGAGGUUGGCCAUGUUGGAGCAGAUGUCAAGACCAAGACCGUGACUUACUUUGGUUCGCCAGAUACCAAGUUGGCAUACAACAGUCUUACCGAUAUUGCCAAUUCAAUUGCUUCCAUUAUCUCUAAGCCUACUUCAGAGCUUCCAGAUAAGGUGAGGAUUCAGGCUGGAGAAGUUAGUGUGCGUGAUAUUGUGAAGAGAUACGAGGAAACUCACGACAUCAAGUUCACUGAGAAGUUUGUCCCUUUGGAUAAGGUUUUGGCUGACGCUAAGCAAGUUUGGGCUGAGGGUUUCGAUUUUUCAAAGCUCCUUUACUACUUGCAGGUUUUGGCAGCUGCUGGUUUGGACAAGGGAGUCUCCUUCUCUGAGAACGAGGAUGAGUUGGUCAACCCUGGUGGCCGCUUGUGGACUUGGUCUACGUUUUAG